AUGACUUCUUCGAUAGUGAUUAGGUCAGACGAUGAAGAGUUGAAUGAGUUGAAUGACACGUCUUUAGCUAGCGAAGCAGAUUUAAAAGCACUUGUUAAAGAGCAACAGCAGCAACAACAGCAGCAACAACCAAACAAUUAUGAUGACGACGCGCAACAUCAAGUCCACACUGAACAGGAUGAAUUCAACAAACUAAGCAAGGACAGGAAAUUCGAUAGGUUAAACAAUCUAAUUGAAAAAUCUCAAAUUUAUUCCAAAAUUAUAGCAGAUAAUAUCCUACAAACUUCGUUGGAGAAUAAGAAAAUAUAUGCGGCUGCAAAAGGUGAAAAUGAACAACAACAGCAACAGCAACAGCAACAACAACAGCAACAACAACAGCAACAACAACAGCAACAGCAACACGAGACUAAUAAAAGAAGAAGAACCGAUGAUACCUCCACUCCAUCUUCGCAAAAGGAUAAGAAAAGGAAAACAAGAUCAACCGAGAAAGAUGGAAAGCUGAAAUCUCGUGACAUUACUACAAUGUUAUCUACCAGUAUCUCAGACUCAACUAAAACCACAAGAGAAAAAAUUGAAAAAUCACAAACUGAACAUUCGACAUCACAACCAAACAUUGUUUCGGGAGCAGUUAUGAAGGACUACCAGCUCGAUGGAUUAGAAUGGCUCCUGACCCUAUACCAAAACGGUUUAAAUGGAAUAUUGGCAGAUGAAAUGGGAUUGGGCAAGACAUUACAAUGCAUCUCGUUUCUCGCAUACUUGAUUGAAAACGGCAUAAAGGGACCUUUUUUGGUAGUUGUACCGCUCUCAACCUUGUCAAAUUGGGCAAAUGAAUUGCAAAAGUUUGCUCCAAGCAUCAAAGUGUUGAAAUACGCGGGCGCAAAACAAGAACGUGCAAACAUCGAACUUUACUCGACAAAGGCAAAUGUUGUGAUAACAUCGUACGAAAUAUCUAUCAAGGAUUUCCACAAGUUCUCCUUGAUAAAUUGGGCAUACUUGAUUGUUGAUGAGGGCCACAGGUUAAAGAAUAGCCAAUGUUUACUCAUUAAAAUAUUGAAAAAAUUGAACACAACAAACAGACUAUUAAUCACAGGCACACCAUUACAAAAUAACUUGAAUGAAUUAUGGUCAUUACUCAAUUUCAUACUACCCGAUAUAUUCCACGACUUGGAGUUGUUCCAGCAAUGGUUCAACUUUGACGAGCUAACCACAAUUGAACAAAAUGAACAGGACGAGGAGACGAAAAAGUUUAUAAAGUAUAAUAUCCAAGAAACAUUGAUCAAGAAUUUGCACACUAUACUAAAGCCAUUUAUUUUGAGACGCUUGAAAAAAGAUGUUAUCAAGGACCUUCCACCGAAAAAGGAGUACAUAAUCCAUAUACCCUUGAGUGGUUUGCAAAGGAAAAUAUAUCUAGAUGCAUUAAACAACCAAUUGCAACAAGGAUUGGUUGAAACCUACUUUAAGGAAUUUAUUGAAUACAACCAUAAACAAUUGUUUAAAGAUUAUGAUUUGAAUGCCUUUUUAGAAAGCAAGUUCAAGCCGAAAGUUCAAAUGAGGGAUAAACGAAUUGAUAGAGCUUCAUAUAAAGAAGCCGAGUCUGAAGAUGAGUUUGAAGUUGAAGUUGAUGAAACUGAAGAGAAGAACGAUUCAGGAUCUCUGGAUAAACAAACACCAUCUUAUGAAGAAGCAUUUGAACAAAUUCACCAAAUAAAGACUACACGCGACAAACAGCAACAGCUCAUACUUGAAUCUUUAUACACAAAAGUUUCGUCCCACAUCCGACAUCUCAAACUUCAGGCAUUGCGAAUGGUUCAAUUGCGAAAUAUAUGUAAUUCGCCAUACCUAUAUUAUGAACCAUUCCCUAUGGAUGGUGAACACGAUGAACAGUUUAUGAAUCGUCUAGUGACCAAUUCAUGCAAAUUCCAAGCACUAGAACAAAUCCUACUCCCGCUCAUCACAAACAUUGAAAAAGAACCAACACUUAAAACAACAACAACAACAAGAACAGCAAAAACAAAAACAAAAACAAAAAGCAAAAAAAACAAAACUGGUUCUGUGUCUUCACAAAAUCACAAGUGCCUUAUUUUCUCGCAAUUCACAAAAGUAAUGGAUCUCAUCCAGGAUUGGCUACAUUUCCAAAACAUCAAAGCAUGUAGACUUGAUGGUCUGACUCCACAAGAAGAACGAGCCAAACAAAUCUCUCAAUUCAAUGACUCCAAUUCUUCAUACAAGGUUUUUCUUCUUUCAACAAGGGCUGGUGGUUUGGGUAUCAACCUCACUGGUGCGGACACUGUGAUUCUUUUUGAUAAUGAUUGGAAUCCUCAAAUGGAUUUGCAAGCUAUAGACAGGGUGCAUCGAAUUGGACAAACCAAACCCGUAAAGAUCUAUAGGUUUGUUGUGCGAGAUUCAAUUGAAGAGAUUUUGAUUGCAAAAAGCAGUUCAAAACGGUUCUUGGAGAAGUUAGUGAUUCAAAUGGGAGAGUUUAAGUUCAACAAGAUCAAGCAGAUGAUUGGGGAGGGAGAUAAGGGAAAUGGCGAUGUAACAGAAUUGGAUGUGAAGCAAUUGCUUGAAUUAAGUAAGAAUAACUUUAGGUAUAAACUGGAGUUUGAGAAUGAAAUUGAGAAUGCACAGGAGAAAGGAAAGGAGAAUGGAAAUGAGAAUACAGCAGAAUCGGAACUUUUUGAAUGCAAGAGAUAUGGUCAGACUGGAUUUAAAUUGACAAGGGAGGAAUUGCAAGAGUUGCUCGAUCGAUCGGAUGAGUGCUAUUACAAAGAUCUACAAGAUGACUCACGUUACAAAAACAUUACCAUUUUCGAAACGGUAAAUAAUAUGGAUAAGUGA